AUGUCAUCUCAAAAAAUCGAUCUAUCGAAAUUAAAUGCUGAGCAAUUAGCUGCUGUAAAACAACAGUUUGAUCAAGAGUUACAACAUUUCACUCAAUCUUUACAAGCUUUGAAUGUUGCCAAAAAUAAGUUUACAGAAUGCAUUGAAGAUAUAAAGGUAACUUCUUCGACAGAUAAUGAGAACCAAAAGUUGUUAAUUCCAGCAACUGCUUCUUUAUACGUUCCAGGUAAAAUUAUUGAUAAUAAAAAAUUUUUGGUCGAUAUCGGUACCGGUUAUUAUGUUGAGAAGGAUGCUGACAAGGCAAUUGAAUUUUAUCAAAAGAAAAUUAACAAAUUAAGCACAGAGUCGACACAAAUCCAAAACAUCAUCAAAGAAAAAUCACAAUCAUCGUUUGCUAUUGAGCAACAAAUAAGAGAGGCUGCCAUUAGACAAAAUCAUGAAGCUGCCAAAGAACAACCAGCUCAAAAUGAAGCUUAA